CAAAAUCUUGGUUUCAUUCGGAAUGUAGUGCGAUAUUUACUAUACUUCUUAAAAUUUGAGCUUUUUGUGCGACUUUCUAGUAGCUCAAAUUUUAUUUAGACAGGUAGCAAUAUAUUUAAAAUUGCUCUAUCAUAUAUCUCUUGGAGUAAUAAUACAAGAAUGUCUCUUGCCUUUGCAGGGAAUGAAUUUUAUUCCAACUUUGAGCGAUAAUAUACAAUAUUUCGGAAAAACCGUAAUAGAGUACUGAGCUGCUUUGCAGAUAACCCGAUAUUAUUUACUGUAUUUCUUCCAAAUCAUAACUUUUCAGAAAAUGGUGGGCGUUUGUUAUAAUAAAAAUGGAUAGAACAAUUUCAAUGUAUACCUAAUGAUCCAUCAGGAACAAGCCCAGGGCUCGUCAGGAGGCAGACGAAAGAAGAAAGAGGUUAAACAUUUAGAUUUUAAACAUGAAGAAGGAUGUUGCUCGUGUGGUAAAGGAGAUAGGCUUACAUUUUGUGAAAAAUGUCCUGCCUCAAUUCAUGGAUAUUGCAUGAAUCCACCACAAACUGAUCCUUUGAGUUGGUUAUGUAGCAAAUGUCAAGGACCAAUUUCGGUAUGUAAAAUGAAAGAAAUGUUAAGUUCAUCAAAAGUAUUAAUGUUUCAGAAUAUCAAAUUUGACGACGCUUACUACCUCAGCCGUAAGAAAGAACUUUCCCUUCUUUGGCAACAUUUUUCUCCUUCUGCUGCAGAAGCUGAAUUAGAUAACAACUACCUUGCUGAUAUAUUUGAAGAUAAAUCAAACAACAAUGAUAAAAAGAGUAGAGUAUGCUCUUCACCAGAUACAAAUAAAUGCAUUAAAUGCGAUAACUCUUAUCAUUUGGAUUGCUGUAUUCCUCCUAGAACUUAUAAAACAACAAGCUUUAUCUGCCAUAGACAUGUUGUGGAAUCCAAUUCUCUUCUUAACGAGAAGGCAAGGUCAAUUACCGUCGAGAAAAGUGAUCUAAAUGAUAUUACAAAGCAAUUUUGUGAAAAGCUCUGUAAAGAAUACAAAAAACUAGGUGCAAUCACUAUUCAAUUCGAAAAUAAGAAAGAAUCUUUUCGUAAUCCGGAUUUACCAGGAAGUGAAAGCUAUUUUCGCUGCGUUAUUGAGCGUCUAGAUGAUUCCAGAACUCGUCAGAAUUUAUUAAAGGAAGUUCUCACUGGGUCGGACCUAGCUGUAAGAAACUGUGGGCAGAUUAUCGAUCAUUCAAGAAGAAUAGGUUAUGAAAGAAAUGAUACUGAGAUUGUCAGAGAUAUUAAAUUGCUCAGCAAAAGAGAGGAGCAACAAUUGAAAGAAGAAGCAGGCAAUCAAUUUUACGACAUUAUUAAAUUUUUCAUUAAAAAGGAGUCACUUUGUUGCCAACCUAAACCAUCUGAACCUGAAAAAAGAGAGAUCUGGAAGAAAAUUUUUCAAAUUAUUUUGCGCUUGGAAAAAAUUGCUCAAACUUUGAACCAACCACCAAAAGAAAUAAAACUCUAUUUAGACUCAUUACCCAAUUUGGAAGAAUUUGAAACGACAGAUGGAGAUAUUCAUUUUAUACCAAAAUCAUCGCUAAUGGAGGAUAUUUCUUUCAAUGAAGAGCUAACGAACAAUAACGGUUCGUUGAACUGUGAUAGCCUGCAACAAAACUCUCCAACUGAAACACAAUUUAGAGUAAAUAUGACAUUGAACCCAAUUCCUAAAAAUUUUAUUAAGCAAAUGGACAACAUAGAAAUUUAUUAUCGGUUUCGAUAUGGCAGACAAAAAGUGGUGGAUAAAAAAGGCUUAUACCCCUUAAAAACGACUGAUGCGAGCUUCAAGGCUAUCAUGGAGGAAGCACACACUUCUGGAUAUUCUAUUAGUUGCAACAACGUAGUACAUUGUGUUGAAGUUUCAAAGAAAGAUAAUACUAUAGUAUUCAACGAAAGAGUAAUACUCAAGUUUGUAAGACAAAAAUUUCGUCAUCUAUUUAAUGAUUUGAAAAAUUAUGAAGAAGAAUUGGGAUUAAGAUUAAAAGAGCUAAUUGAUCAAGUAGAUCUACUUUUUGAAGAAGCUGAACUAUUAGACUACCAUAUGACGACUUUCUUCACAAAUCAAUUUAUUUGGAAUAUAACACGCUAUAUUUGCUCAUUUUCUAGAGAAAAUUCUGCUCAUGCUAACUUAAGUUUUAUUGAUAGAUUUGAGUCUGAGGCAGAAAUUUUAAUAGCAUUUUCAUACACAAGAUCCAAAGAUGAAUUUACUAAACUUUCUAAAGGAUUUAAUACUCAAACAAAUUGUAAUAAAAUAGAACACAAUGUUACCUCUAAUGUUAUCCUUAAUGUUAACGUCAUGGAAGACAACGUAAUUGAAUGGAAUAACCUUUUCCAAGAAAUUUACGACUAUCUACUGAACACAGACUCUUUUGACUUAGCUGAAGUAGUUUCUCAAUUUAAACAAAGAUUGAUGGCAAUUGACGCUGAGUUAAAAAACCUGGACUUUCAAGCUUAUCACAUCGUUCAAAAUGAAUUUACAAACUUGACAAAAUCUUUUAAAUGCCUCUUAUUUUCUUUGAAUAUUCAUGACAAAGCAAGAAAAGGUGCUUGGAUUAAAGCGGCUGAUAAUAUGAUAAAACUAAAACAACUUCAGUUAAAGGUUAUGGCUUUGAAUCAAAUUCCCCAUCCGUCUUUUCAUUUUCAUAAUAGUACAGAAAAGUACAAAACUGAUCCCAAAAACUUAAAACUUUUAGUGGCCACAACACUCGAGCAUUAUAUAUUAGAAAAAUUAAAGAAAGAGAAAUAUAGUUCUCACUAUGAAGAAGAAAAGGAGUUUGUUCGGGAAUUUUCUAAUCUAUUGAGAUCAAUAUUUGAAGAUAUCUAUCUAACUGAUUUAGAAAAGAUAAAUAAAAUGUCAACAUUAGAGAUGUCUGAUAAAGAAGGGAUUUUAUCGGAAGUUGAGUUUACUGAUGAAGAGAGACGUCUAUUUGAAUAUUUUUCCAACACGCUAAACAGCAGAAACGCCGAAGAGGAAAGGGAAUAUAUUAAAGUUUUUGGACUAUCUGACGUAGAUGUGAAGAGUGUUGAAUGGGUAAUUUUCCAACAGUGUGAUAAACGAAAUGAAUUCAGACGCCUUGUAACAAACUCAGAAGAUCAGACAUUUUUUGUAGGAGAUGCCUACACAAUUGAGGAUCUUAAAGAACAACUCAAUAGCACGUGGAAACUUGCUAAAAGAAAAUUUACGCUGUAUGAAAACUUAAAAUGUUUAAGUGACGACCGUGAAAAUGUUGUAAGAGACACCAGUUCCUUGCAGAAUGAGAAUGAAAAAGUCCAAGAAUAUGAAGAACAUUGUAUUAAUUCUGUUGCUGAAGAUAUUCACUCCUUUCUAGAAUCUCAAGAGGAAAGAUUCCCAUUUUUUGGAACAAUGAAUGAAGAACUAUUAUUAUUAGAAUAUUCUGACGAGGAAUAUGACAAGGUUAUGCUAUCUUUAAGUGAGAUAAUUGAAAAUACAGGAAAGGGGGAAGAGGAAGUUAAGAAUGAAAUUGCAUUUGAAAAAAGCCGUGAAAUCAUGUAUGCAUUCAAUGCAAAAUGUCUAUCAGACGCUGACAGUAUUAUUGCUCUUGAAACAGAGGUUCAGGCAAUUGAUGCAGAUUAUGAUAUGGACGGCGAUGAUCAUAGUUUGGAAAUUGUAGAUAUGGAUAUGAAAGAAAAUAAUACAACUUUUGAAAAUAGCGAAUUAAUUACAUCUGAGUCCUGUGUAGAGAUAAAAGGUUCUAGAAAACCUGCAAGUUAUUUACUCAUUAUAUCAGAAGAGGACGAAAAUAAUGAAGAAGCUUCUUCAGAAUAUAUUGCAAACCUGAUGGAGUACGUGAAAAAUGAAUAUGGUAAAGAGGUUUUGGAUAAUCUACUCUUUCUGCAUAUUCUUGGGUUGAAAUUGACGAACUUUAUAAGCUUUAAUGAUAAUCCAGAUAUUCAAAAACUGGUUAGAAUUCUAAUUGUAGAAUAUCUGGAGGACAGCUUUUUCAAUGUAAAAAUUAGCAACUGUGAAGAACAAGGCCUAUACUUUAUCCAGGGGUGCAACAUUUCUAAAUUUACCAAAGGAGAAAUUGCUAAAUUUGAAAGUCCUUCGAUUUCACAAUUCGGGAGUGCUACUGCAAUCAGUAAUGCCCUUAUAACUGAAGAAUUGAAUAAGCUCUGUAAUCAAGAUGACGUGCAAAAUUUAGAUGAUGCUCUUGAAAAGCUGGAUAAUGCAGCGAUAAGAAGCCUAGCAAAAGAAAGUUUACGAAAUAAACUACAAAUUAAACAAGACUUCCCAAAGAGUAUAGAUAAGCCUGUUUGUACUAUUGCCGAUGAUAUUGAAUUGCACGCCUACAAAACUGGCAUGAAGCGCCUUUAUGCGAUCCUGUUAAAUACAAAUGAUUUGACAGAUUGGCUGUACAUUAUGGACCCCACAGUCGAUCUAUUCAUAAGUAAAUAUGAUGGAAAAUUACGAGUGAAACGUCCUGGUGAAAAAUACGUUGAAAAUACUCACGGAACAUUAUUAUUAGUCGAUAUGGAACCAAAAAGUUCGUUUUACGAUGUGACCAAUCUUAAGCAUGGAAGUGUUUUGCAAUUUUUUGAAGGGGAAAAGGAACCGAUAGAGUAUAUAUUCUUUCAAGUUAACCUAUUGGAAGAGCUUGGGGAUAUUUUACGAUCACAAACUUUUGGGAAUAUAAUGAUAAGGUUCAAAGAAAAAUACAAUCUGGAUGGCCGAGAAUAUGCUAAGAAUUUUAUGGAGUAUGACGAUAUUAGACGAAAAUGGGUCGAAGAAGAUAGCCAAUUUCUUGAACUGAUGAACAUUGAUCUAUGUCCUUUCAAAAGCAGAAUACGAAAACAUGAUAUAGCAAAAACAUUCGACGAAAAAAUAAGCAAAUUUGAAAGAACAAAAAACAAAGCAUUUUAUGAUAAUCUGAAAAGAACGAAUUCAAAGACCAAUAUUGUUCAUCAAGUAACUGAUUUAAAUAAAUUGCUUGAAGAAAAAUGCUUCUAUGAUAUUAAGCUGCAAAAAAAAGAAACCAACGAAGAUGUUAAAAUUAUUGCCAGUACUCAUAUUGAAAUCAACGAAAUGGACUCUAUUCCCAAUUCACCCGAAAAUUCUGAUUCUCAUCAAAUAGACCUUCUACGUUCAGCAUGUAUAUCCAGUGGUGUUGGCUUGGGAGAUUCUUCAUAG